AUGACUUCGGACAACUCUUGUCUUUUGUGCUGCAGACGUUGUCGUUCUCAUGCGAUCAGCCCGCCUGCCUCAGAAUCUGUUAACCAAGAUCCAUAUGCACUCCCCAGUCUCCUCCCCAUUGGCACUAUUCAAGUAGCCGUCUCUUGCCCGGAUUUUCCAUCAUGUGCGCACGCUCACUGCUCCGAUGGAUGGCAUGCGUUCAAUAAAGAAGAUUUAUCACCAUUUCUUGCAUCUGAGAAAACUGGACCACUUUGUCAUCAACUUGACUUUCUAAUCAAGUACAAAUUUCUUUUCGUUUCUUAUAUGGUCAACGAAGAUGCAACAGCCUUAUAUCUACGCCUAUACAUCAUUCCCUACGAUCUCCCGAACGUCCAAGGAAAGCUUAGGACUCGCGACGAAGCUCUUAUUCUCAAACCUGCUAGGGAAUACAUGAAGUCGGUGCUUCCGCUUGUUAUACAGCAUCGAGGGUCAUGGUUCGCGGACAGUGCAGCCACGUCCGAAUCACCUAGACGGAUUUACAAGCACAAGGAUCCCGACAGCCGCACGCUGCCUCAAAUUUAUGGAGGUCUUCCGUCUCCUCAAGUCUAUGGUAUGCCGUUCCAUGAGACGAACACAAUCUCGGAUCAUAUUCUCUCCGGGAAACCCAUCGACGGUAUGAAGAGUUGUCUUUAUCCGUACCAACGCGCGUCGGUGGCGGAAAUGCUCCAGAGAGAACUUUGUCCUGGGUUCAACACGGAUCCCACAUAUCUUCGCAUGGUUGGGAUCAACGAAACGGGUUUCUACCUCCAGCCAGACACGAUGGAGGUGCUUAGAGGCUGUCCGCUCGUGGAUCAGAUUCGUGGUGGUAUUCUCUGUGAAGAGUUAGGAACCGGUAAAACAGUAAUGACUCUGGCGCUCAUUGUUGCCACGAUAGGCCAACUAUCGCAACCUGAGGAGUCAUUCCACGAUGCCCGGCCUGUGCUCACACCACUAGCUUUCCGCAGCUUCCCUACUAAUCCGUUUGUCACUGCUCGUAAAAGAAUUCCACGUUGUAAAGAACCAGAUUUCUCCAUCCCAUCCCUCGUCGAACUGCUUAUACACUAUAUCCGUGUUGUCCCCGACAAAGUCGAUCUUCACAAACAUGAGCAGUGGCUCAAGGAUCGACACCUUUGGCAUCUUCAAGAGCUCAAUGCUCCAUUCUAUUUCCAUUACGACGACAAGGGGGGGUCUCUAGCCCCGCAUUCCACAAGACGUCAUCGUGGCGAGGUGAUGCCGCCGCGUACUGUGUUCUUGACCUCAGCUUCUUUGGUCGUUGUGCCCCCUAAUUUGCUUUCUCAGUGGAUCUCAGAAAUAUAUAAACACUGCCAUUCUUCAGUCCGGGUGCUCGUGAUCAAACCUGGAAAUGAGUUUCCGAGCGCACGAAUACUGACCACCCAAUACGACAUCAUCUUAUUGGAUCAUGACACCCUAGCAAAAGAGGAGUCCAGAUCCAAAAUAGAGUCCCUCCACACAUGGGUGGUAUGCGCUUGUCCCGUCUCCGGCAGCACUCGAAUUCCCAACUGUACCUGUAAUUCUUUUCCCCAAGUCUCCCCCCUUUUUCAGAUUCGGUGGAAAAGAUUGGUCGUCGACGAAGGUCACGUCCACGGUGCGAAGAAUACAAGACUGGGCGAGGUCGCAAGUCUACUCAGUGUCGAAAGGCGUUGGCUCGUCACUGGCACUCCCACUACGGAUCUGCUUGGGUUAAGCUUUGGCUCGCAAAGCUUUGAGGCAGAUAACGAACAAUUGGGCCUACAAUACCCUUCAGAUGAUGGGGAAGAUCCCAGGCUAUCAGAAGAGGUUCCUGCCUCAAGUGUUUCUCAAGAUGAUCUUGGACUACGUCAUUUAGAUGAAAAUCAAUGUAAGCCUCGAAUGUGGACCUCUAGCGAUCGAAGCAAUUUGCGUAGGCUCGACAAUAUGAUCUCUAAAUUCCUCCAAGUCCCGCGUUUUGCUGCAGCACAUGACCUGUUCAAUAGCCAGGUUGUAAAUCCGCUCUUCAAGAAGGGCGGACCAGCCUUCGGUUCAAUCCAGGUUCUCACACAGGUAAUGGCAAGCGUCAUGGUCCGUCAUCGGAUCGAAGAUGUGGAGAAGGAUAUCGUUCUUCCGCCGCUGAAGCAGGAGACAGUCCUUCUACAUCUAGAUCCAAUUGCAGCUCGGUCAUACAAUGCACUGCAGGCCGGGAUUGCUGUCAACGCGAUUGAUUCAGAACGGAAAGAUCUGGACUACCUUUUCCAUCCAUCAAAUUCUGCCAGACUGGCUCAGUUGACUGAGAACAUCUCGCAACUUAUGUUCUGGCAUAUCGAUGAAGAUGCUUACAACAUUGACGAACUGGCGAACAACGUUGAUAAGAUGGUACAAACUGCGAUUGAACGAGAUUCGUCUCCCGAAGACCUGGAGAUGAUCAGACAGUCAGCCAAGCAUGUUCAGCUAGCUGCUCGAGAUGGUCCAUGGCGUACCCUCCAGACUUCCCCUUGUCCCGAGAUGCCCUACCGCAUCGUGAAUAUGCCUGAAGCUAUCUUUGUCGCCAGCAAUCAAUUGCGAGCAAUAUCCUACCUUCCCGACGGCUCAUUGCCGAAUUUCAGAUUUAUGUUCUGCCUGAGAUUGCUUCAAUUACGAGCGCUUGUCGAUAAUCGACCGUCGGCGUCAGAGCGGCGGCUUGUCAAAUAUGGACAGGCACUCACCGAGCAGGACAUGAAACGUGAUGCACUAUACCUCGAGGAGAAGCGCAGGAAGAGCGCGAAGAAGAACUCCAAAUCGCUAGGGAAGAAGAUAGAGCACGAUUCCCGCGAGACUAACAAGGCUGUAGAGGCCGCACGGCGACUCGAGGCGCCAGAGAAAAUCGAGGAGAUGCAGAAAGAGCUGAAUCUGGCCCAUAUCCGGCUGGUCAAUGGUCAAGGUGCAACACCGAAUCCAGCGAUACCCCUACAGAAUGAUGAGGUCUUGGAUGAUGAGGUCUUGGCGUCAUUGAGAGAGUCUCCUCUGACUGGGGUUCGGAUCCUCAACUCGACGUCUACGAAGCUAGACUACAUUUUGAAUGAAGUUUUGAGAUACUCCAGGGAUGAGAAGUUUCUCAUCUUCUCAAAAUCCCCCCUGACCCUUGCGCAUGUAGCGGAUGGGCUCGAUCUGAUUGGAGUCAAGUACUUGCAAUAUACGACCAGGGUGGAUCGCAAAGUUCGCGAGCAGUUUGUGAUGACAUUUGAGACGUCAGAUACGUUCCGCGUGUUUUUGAUGGAGCUCAAGCAUGGAUCACGCGGCCUAAAUCUUAUAGCUGCAUCUCGCGUCAUAUUCUGUGAGCCAGUAUGGAGAGCUGACAUUGAAGUUCAGGCAAUCAAGCGAGCUCACCGCAUAGGCCAGACACGGAAGAUCACUGUGAAGACCUUAGCAAUCGAGAACACAGCGGAAGAGGUCGUGAUGGCCCGAAAAGCGGAGUUGAAAGGGAACUUGCAGAAACAGACGAGCAUGACAGAUGACCUGCGCAUCCGGCAGUUCAUCGCCAAUCCAAGGUUCAUUGAAGUCAACGAAUCCACCAUAAAACGGAAGUUUCUCAAUGUGCCCUUGCUCCGGAUACCAUCCGCACCUGUGCAGGACCUGGAAGCGAACGACAGACAUGCCUCGUUGACGAGGAACGAGAUACAGGACCCAAACGAUGUGGAUGUGGGCAGCCCCUUCAAGAAGCGGAGACUGGUCCGUUUUGCAGACGAAAUUAAAUCUUUUCACUGAUCAGUCAAUCGACUGUCUCUCCAUUCCUACUCGUAUUACACUUUAUUUUCAGUGUAGAACAAUGUCUGCACGUCUGUUUGGCAUUUUCAACCGCGAUGUAAGCCGAGGUAUCCUCGGUGCUAG